AUGAGCGAGGAGGCACAUAAAGAUGGCAGCAAAAAGACUGUAUCGGUUGCCGAGUCGCAAGAUGCUGGUGUGCAAGGAGCCGAGUGCAUACCAAUACAAUUGGAUGCUUCUACUAAUGUCACACACGCGCAGCUGGGGCAGAUGACCGCAAGCUCUGUGCCAAAUUCUGAGGGCAAGUGGAGUUGUGAGAUGUGCACUUAUGAGAAUUUUCCCCUUUCGCGCAAGUGCACAAUGUGUCGUACGCCCAAGCCUUCACUUGGAGAGGAUAUCUUUAAACUGCAGGAUGGUGCAAGUGCCCUGCCAACUCAGGACGUCUGUGGGGCGGAAGCAGUAGCCGAACGGUUAAAACCAUUACGAAUAUCCUCCCCGCAAGGUCAAGCCAGUGCCUCUUCGGUCAACAAGUGGCCUUGUUCUACAUGUACGUACGAGAACUGGCCGCGCGCGCUCAAGUGCGCCAUGUGCGGCGCCGCGCCCCACCACCACACCGCACACCCCCACCACACACACCACUCCCAUCACACGCAAUCCGACGGUAUAAAUGAUAUACAAAACGCUUCCCUGCACGAUGUGGACUCCAACAGCCGGCGGUCGAAGCGCAGAAAUAACCUCGACUGGCUGUGGCUUCAAGCUUGCUUAGGCGUGGUGGAGGGUGAGGGGCGGCGCGUGGAGGCGUACCUGGCGGGCGGCGGCUCGCCGGCGCGCGCGCUCACCGCGCAAGAGGUGCAGCUGCUCGACCGCGCCUCUGCCUUUGACGUGGGGCACACGCUCGUGCACCUCGCCAUCAGAUUCCAAAGACAAGACAUAUUAUCAACAUUAUUAUCUCGAAUAUCAGGCGGUGGGCCAGGCUUGAAGCGAUCACCGUCCUACAUAGCUCCAGACCUGGCAGCGGCCAUCCGGCGGCACAUGUCCAGUUGCAUCCGCACCAAGAAGGGCAACUUCCCCUGUCGUUACAUUAACGAGUUCUGCACUUUUUCUCUACCUGCAGAGAUAGAAGAGUUGCCGGCGGCCAUUCAGGAGCAGCUAUUUUGCGAGCUGCUGGACCGCGACGCGCAGCAGACGCUGGAGGCGGAGCCGCCACUCAUCAACUGGAGCCACGAGAUCACUGUCACACUAGGGUCGCGACUGUACGCGCUUUGGAAUCGAUCUGCGGGUGAUUGUCUUCCCGAUGCUGUUUGUCAAGCCGCUUAUGGUGUAUUCGACCGCGGGAACGCUUUGCGGCAAGCCCUGGCGGACUCGCUACACCAUGCGCAUAGGGGGUUUUACGAGCGCUGGCAGGCGUGGGAGCGGUGGCAAGCGUCGCUGUUGCAGUACGCGCCCGAGGAGGCGCAGCUGCGCGCUGAGUGGGCGCGCCUGCUUGCUGCCGCCGCGCGCGCCGGCACGCCGCUUCACCAGGUGCACGUGUUCGCGCUGGCGCACGUCACGCGGCGACCCAUCCUGGUGUACGGCGUCGACGUCGUCACCUCCUUCCGCGGCGAGGCGCUCGGCUACGCGCGCUUCCAAGGCAUUUACUUACCGCUACUUUGGGAGCCGGAGUUCUGUUCAAAGUCGCCACUGUGCCUGGGCUACACGCGCGGACACUUCUCCGCGUUAGUGCCAAUCGAGCCUUAUUCUCACAGACAUACUUAUAUUUGCAGAGAGCAACAAGAAGAGAGUGAGGAGAUUACGUUUCUGCCGUUAACGGAUUCCGAAGGGAAACUACUUCCAGUGCAUUUCCUCACUUGCGAUGAGGUGGCGGACGCGGAGAGCAUGGUUCGGCGCUACGUGUCUGCGUGUGUCGUGGGUGGAGGUGUUGGAGUGGGCGUGGAGGUGGGGGGAGGUAUUCUCGUGGCGAGACAGCGCCUGCACGCGCGGCCGCUGCUGCAGGCGCAGAUGCUGGAGGAGUGGCUCAACCACUACCGGCGUCUGGCGCAACAAAGCCGAGGUCCCUUUCCGCCUCGGCUGCAGACUGCAGAGUUCUCCAGCGACCCCGACAGUGACGACGAGUAG